CUUAACGUUUUCGGUUCUUCUCGCUCGCGACUCUCCAUACGUGCAAUUCUAAGCAGUUGUCUGGUAGCGUUAGCAGGUGGAUGUUUUUAUACUCACGUUCAUUCGGUUGUACGGAAAAAGGAUUAUUUCGCCAUUGCGACUCGGUGGAAUGCUGCAGUAUUUGUUUUUGUUGAUCGGUGCGUUGGUGUUGUGCUUUAGUGGAAAAGUGGCUCGAGCCAAAAUUGAAAAAAACACCAUCAACGAAGACGGGUCAUUCUCCUUUCGCCACGCCAACUAUGACAUUGGCAGCUAUUACCACAGCGCCAUGGCAGGUCCAGAUAACAUAGUCCGAGGUCGUUAUGGCUCGAGAAAUCCUGCAACUGGCCAAGUGGAGGAAGUUGUUUAUACGGCGGGACCACGCGGUUUUCGAGCUAAUGGACCAAAAAUUCACCGUCAAAUGGAUUUGGCGCAAUAUCCUGUACGUCCACGGGGCAGUCCCGACGACCCGUUGGCGGAUCCGUACGACGAUCCUUCGUAUAAUUUCAGCUUCCGAUCAGGAGAUCAAUCGCGCACUGAAAACAGUGAUUCCACUGGUCGUGUGAGAGGUCUUUAUUCAUACUUAGAUGACGUUGGCGAACGCCAUAGUGUUCGAUAUGCAGCAGGUGCGGGGACGGGCUUCGAAGUUUUCAAUUCUGUACCUGACAAUCCCGCAAGUGUGGCAUAUGCUGCUCCCCUUUAUAAAGCUUCUCCGAAGACGCGUGGAAAGAUGACCACCCAGCGUGGCCCAGAUGGUACUUAUAAGUUGAUUGCUGCUGGACCUGACCAUCGUCGGGCAGAAAGCCGAAGUUCAGAUGGUUUUGUGAGGGGAACUUACUCGUAUUUGGAUGAUACUGGUGUACAGCGUACUGUUGAGUAUAUCGCUGGGCCUGGCAUUGGAUACAGGAUAGUGAAGAACCGAAUGGGCCCAGGAUCACACAUAAAUCCUUCAAUAACUGAGUUUCGAUUAAGUGAUAUGGACUUCAAACUGGCAAAUGAUUUUGGUCGGGGGGCUAGCGGUAGUGUCAUAAAUGAUGAUAGAGUUGGAAGUGAGUCAAACAGGAACAGGGUUGGUGGUAGCAGAAUUGGCGAUGGGGAUUAUUUGAAAACGGGAGACAGCUCAGGUAAAGUGCAAAUCUCCGAUAACAAUGAAUCAAAUGAUAAUACUUCAGAUGAUGGGAGCGUAGUAUUGACAAGUAACUCAGUAAAUCGUGUGAAAAGUGAUCGUGUGGGUUCGGGUAGUAGCAAUCGCGGCACAACGCGCUAUGGGGCAAAUGGUGAAGCCAGUAGCGGAGGCCUUUUAGAUGGAGGAUAUGAUUACAGUUUGCCACGUAACCAGGGAAAGUUAGAGAGUAAUCGAAAAAAUAACCAUAACUCAAUCAACUCCGGUGACCGCGUAAGUCCUAAAAGUCGUGACCCAAACAAUUCUUCAUCAAGAGGUUCCGCCAAAUCCAGUAUCUCAAUGAACAGCAAUCGUAAUGGUGGUGGUUACAACUAUAAUUCAAUGUCGACUCUGUCAGAUUCAUUAGACUUUAGUGAUGAUGAUCUUGGGUCACUCCCACCGUUAAUAACAAGCAACCAGAAAAUAUUACAAUUGAAUCGAGAUCGGGAAUGGGCGCAAGGGCAUCGUGACUCCACAGUGAUCAAAAAUGUUGGUAAAUGGUACUUAGGACUCCCGCCCGGGCAUAGCGUUCGGGCUCAUGUGCAGAAUAUAGAUUUGUUGCCGCUCGGUGGUCGACGGGUGCCAUCACCCUCCGAGGCAUUGCGGCAAGAUGAAAUCGCGGAUAUGAUGACAUCGAUGGAGAGUGGAACGUCAUACAACAGCUAAAAUUAGAAAAAUAAGUACAGUGCUAUAGAAAAACAAAAAUAAACCUUAGACUACAAAUACGAAACAGUAUUUUUGUUAAAAUAAAUUUAACUGCAU